AUGGCUUAUUCUGUUAGCAAAACGUUGUUUGAUCCUGAAGGUCGUUUUUUUGGCUACAGUGUUGACAGGAGGAGCCGUAAUGAAAUAAUUAUUUGUGAAGUUUCUUCGGGACAAGUUGUCAGUCGUUUCCAGCUGGAUAUGCAGGAUGAGAUUCUAGCAUUCACUUGGGUAACUCAAAAACAAUCAAAAGCUUCAGUCAAGAGGGCAAGUAAAAGAACAACCAAUGGGGAAGUUGUACAAGCCAAUGGGGGUGCUAUCCCUUUGAAGAAUUUAGCAGUGAUGCUCAAAAAUGGUGCCAUUCUAAUACUAUCCCCCUAUCACAAUGACAUCAGCAAUAAGAUUGUUAAUGAAAGUGAAAUUAAGUGCCUCAGUAGCUACAGUGACUCAAACGGUAUAUUUUAUGGCUAUGAUAAAGAAUUGAAAGCCAUAAAGCUAUUUAAUGCUACAGAGAACAGAAGUGUAUCCACUUUGGAGUUUAGCGUCGACAAGAACAUAGAUUUGAUUCAAGUCUUGAAGAACAACACCUUAUUGCUAGCAUCUGCAUCCAUCUAUCUAGUAUCUCCAAAUGAUUCGAUUGAUUACAUUCGUCUCCCCGUUCCAAGAGGUCACGGUACGAGGAUAGUUUCACUGGUCCAAUCUAUAAGAAAUCCCGAUAUUAUUGUUAGUGCUAGGAUAAACGAUACGACAUUGUGCGUCCACUCAUUACACAAAAAGGGCACUGUUACUACUGUUGACACUCUGCUGACUGUGAUCAGUAUUCACAAUUUUGAGCUCGAUGAUAAUGAAUACCUUGCAACCUUGAAUGACAAUGGUGUAAUUCAAAUAUGUCAGCUUCCCACGGGAAAGGGCCAAACUAUCACAUUUUCUCAAAUAAGCACAGAUUCGAAGGUUCCAUUGACAGGCUUCUAUGUUAAAGAUGGGUUCAUCACUGUCAGUUGGUUCCAAGAUAUGCACCCCCGAUUUGCAAAGUUUCCCUGCAGAGAUUCUGACUACAUUAUCGAAACCGAAGAAAACUCAAGUGAAUCUCAAGAAGAGGAUGAUGACAAAGAUGAAGACGAAGUAACAAACAUUCUUGAAAGCGAAAAGGAGGAAAUAAUUGACUCUAAUAAUAUUGUAGAAACCGCUGAAGAGUUGUACGACUUGAUCUCCAACAACAUUGAAGACGAAUCAAAAGUUAUUAGCAUUUGCGCUUCAAAUAACUCCAACGUAGGAGAAACAGUGAAAAAUUUGAAUAAGUCCAAAGCUUCCCGUUUGUUUAUCAUCUUGGUUCAGUAUUUCACUUCUAACGUGGUCCAUUCUUCAAGUUUGAAACUCUGGAUAAAAUGGAUCAUAGUAACACACGGCCGAAUCCUUAUAGAGUCCCCUGAAACUGUGCAACUUCUACAACUUUUGUCAUCGAUUCUGGAUGAGGAGAAAAAAGUUCUUCCUACAAUGCUUUCUUUGCAAGGAAAAUUGACCUUAUUAAAGGCCCAACUAAGUUUGAGAAAUGAGAUUGCUAGCAUAUCCUUAGAGGAUGAGGAGAAGAACGUCAAUUCGACAACUGUAUACACUGUAGCAGACGAGAACUUGACCUACGACAACGGAGAAACCGAUGAUUUUGCCAACGUUGAAGAAUGA